UCCCAAUACACUUUGUACUCUAGUUUUCUGACAGCUGGACGUGUGCUGCGUUGCGUUAUUUUUACUUUUUGUCUUCAACCAUAGUUCGUGAUGGCGGCGGUACCAGAAGAAUCCAAAGUGGUUUACAACUUUCUGGGCAAGUCUGGACUAAAAGUGGCAAAUAUAUGCCUUGGGACAAUGACCUUUGGAGAUAACAACCUCGGCAUGUGGGGUCAGACAAGCGAGGAGUUAGCUCACCAGAUCCUUGACAGAUACGUGGAAUGGGGCGGCAACUUCAUCGACACCGCAGACGCCUAUUCCAGCGGCAAGUCGGAGUCGAUAUUGGGCAGCUGGAUCAAGAAACAAGAGAGGGAAAGGUUUGUGAUCGCCACCAAAGUGAGGUUCCCCGUGUCUGCAAGCAACCCGAACAGUGUUGGUCUAAGUCGACGCCACAUCGUGGAAGGCAUCCAGACCAGUCUUGAGAGGCUUCAGACCGACUACGUGGAUCUGUUUCAGAUGCACCUUUGGGACGACGCCACCCCCGUGGAGGAGACUGUGCGGACGCUAGACGACCUGGUCCGUUGUGGCAAGGUCCGGUACAUUGGGGCCAGCAACAUGCUUGGCUGGCAGAUGCAGCGCCUGGUCGACCUCACCCAGAUGAUGGGGACAAGCCCCUUCAUCAGUUUACAGCAACAAUACAGUCUAGUGAGCCGGGAUUCAGAGCUCGAGGCUUUCCAAGUGUGUAAGGCCAACGGUUUGGGUGUUCUACCAUGGAGUCCCUUAAAGGCAGGUCUACUGACGGGCAAGUACAAGCGUGAUUCUCGUCCCAAGGAAGGCAGAAUAGGCUGGGCUGCGGAGAAGGGGCAGGCAGCCCAGGCAUGGCCCGCGUGGGACUCUCUUCUCCAGGAUGACCAGAUUUGGAACACCUUGGACACAUUGGAGGACAUUGCGAAGAAACAUGGCAAGUCCAUUGCCCAAGUGUCUCUUCGGUGGGUUCUCCAGAAGGACAUCGUGCCGUCGGUUCUCAUAGGGACAACCAAGACGAGCCAGCUGGACGACAACAUGGGCGCCGCGAACGGAUGGAAACUGUCACCCGAGGACAUGGCAGCCCUUGAUGCAGUUUCGGCGCCCAAACUUCCUUAUCCAUACGAGUUCAACACUCGUCUGAACAAAGGCCGAAGCAACCCGUUCGUUCCAACGUACUCCGUACAGAACAGUUCCGGGUAGUCAUUCUUCUACCCAGGACAAGAAAUCGCAAUAUAAGGCUGCUUCACAAUAAAGAAAAUAUUUUGCUGUAGAACAAAGACAAUAUGAACAGCAAGGAAAACGGUUGAUAUAUUUUCACAAACAAGAUCAGACAGCUAAACCCAAAUAACCAUGACAAAAUGAUGCUUGAUUGGAAUUAAUUCGAGUGUCUUAAGCGAUGUUAAAACAGACAUGGUCAGACAGAAAUGUACGAUUGUAAUAGUUUAAGGGCGUGGCAUUUGAACGGGGUAUUUGGAUCGGAUUUACAUCUUGGUAGAAUCACAAGGAAUGUGUCCACAAAGAGGGUUGUUAUGACGAUCAAGACGCUUACAUGUUAUGUUAGUAAGUUGGGGUUGACGUUUAAUUUUAUUCUGGUAAUUUACAAACCGUCGGUAUUUUAUGUGGUGGCAAGAGCUACUCUCCAGGUAAACUAAUGGGCAAAAGAAAAUAUACAACUGAACAUUAGAUUUGACCAAAACAUGACAAGUCUCACCAAAACGAACUGGGCUGAACAGUGACGAUACUCCGUCUCAAACGCAUCACCAUCGAAUAGUCAUUUCUUGUUUGUCUCAUUUUUGUCACCAUCAAACUUGGGUGUAGACUUUCUUUAGCCCGGCAGUUAAGCUGUAUGUUUGUUUCCAGUUACCAUGGAGAUCUACCUAGUAUCAUCUGUUCCGAGAACGAGGGGCUCUCAGAAAAACAAAUCAUUGCCAACUUUAGUAGUCAGAACUAUCUUUCUUGCAACAUUUUUUUAUUGUUUAUUUGCUGUUUAACGCCACAUCCAGCUAUUUGACGGCGGUCUGUAAAUAAUCGAUUCUAGACCAGACAACCCAGUGAUUGCCAGCAUGAGUAUCGAUCCACAGAAUUGGAAAAUGGUCUGGCCAUGAGGCCUAUAGUACAGGGGUUGGGAUACUAUUAGAUACAUUGUGAAAAAACGCUUCAAUUUACAUUGGUUUUGGAAUUUCUAAGUUUAAACAUUUUUUUUCAAGCUAGCUGAAAUGAAAUGCUGUCAUCUGUUGAGAGUAACAAUACAAACUUUUGCAUGCUAGGAUAUCAUAAUUAUUCAAGGGCAAAAAGAUCUUGACCUUAAGUUAGUAUAAGCUGGACAUAAAGCUAGUGCAUGGUAUUCAUCAUCUAAGUCUUCUUUACAGAAAUUGCAUAGACUGUCAGCAAAGACAUGGUGACUAGAAUUUUUAUAUUUUUGUAUUCGAUGAUAGAUAUUUUUCAGGUUGUAGUAGGGAUUUGUAGAUGCGGUAUAAAUAUAGCCUUGGUGAAUUAGAUAUACGAUCUGACCAUUCUUGCAUAAACAAAUCUCUUGUAAUAAAACAUCACAGUCCCCGCCCGAUGGCAUCAUAUAUUUCCAAAGCAAUAACUAAACAAUGUAUAUUUUACAAAUGAAACCAAUUUAUAUAACCCAAUUCAUCAUAUUUACAUAGCAUGAAAUAGCAAUGCUUUGGAUAUUUACCCAGUUCACAUGAUAUAUCAGUAUUUGAAGAAGUAUAUUUACAAUAUUCAGUAUGUAUAAUUUUAAUGCUUUUUCUUACACCAUAUUCUUCUGUACACCAUAGUUCCGCACCAUAUAUACCAAUAAAGGUAAAAUUUUACAAUAAAAUAUUAAAAAUA